UACCUGUCCUCCCGCAGAGGCGCGGUACCCACCCACCCAUCACUGCCACCCAGACCAGUCACUACCACCACUAUCAGUUCACCAAAUCCCAACCUCUCCAACCGUUUUGAUAUCUGGGGCACCCAAAAAACCCACAACCAAUCAAAUCCCACUCCAAAUCCAUCAAUGGAGUCCGUCGGCGUCCUCAUGCCAGUCCCAAUGUCCCCGUACUUAGAGCAAGAGCUCGAGAGGCGCUUCAACCUCCUCAAGCUCUGGACCGCCCCUGAAAAAGCGGAGUUCCUCAAGGCCCACUCCGGCGCCAUCCGAGCCGUCAUCGGUAAUGCUGGGAACGGAGCCGACGUCGGGCUCAUCGAGGCGCUGCCGGAGCUGGAGAUCAUCGCCAGCUUCAGCGUCGGAAUCGAUAAGGUGGAUUUGGACAAGUGUAGGGAAAAGGGUAUUCGGGUCACGAACACGCCGGACGUUUUGACCGACGACGUGGCGGACCUUGCGAUUGGGUUGGCGUUGGCUGUGUUGCGACGGCUCUGUGAGGCUGAUGGGUAUCUGAGGAGUGGGGGGUGGAAGAACGACGACUACAAGUUGACCACCAAGUUCACUGGAAAAACAGUGGGCAUCAUUGGAUUGGGAAGAAUUGGAAAAGCAGUUGCCAAGAGAGCCGAGGCUUUUAGCUGUCCAAUCGCAUACUACUCCAGAACAGAAAAACCAGAUUUAAAGUACAAAUACUAUCCAAGUGUUGUGGAGUUGGCCUCCAACUGUGAUAUCCUGGUUGUUGUAUGCCCAUUAACUCAAGAGACCCGCCACAUUAUUAAUCGUGAAGUCAUUGAUGCUUUGGGUCCGAUGGGUAUUCUCAUUAACAUUGGAAGGGGUCCUCAUGUUGAUGAAUCUGAGCUGGUAUCUGCACUGCUAGAAGGCCGGUUAGGUGGUGCUGGGCUCGAUGUUUAUGAAAAUGAACCAGAUGUACCUGAGCAACUGUUUCAGCUCGAGAAUGUGGUACUCUUACCUCAUGUAGGAAGUGACACUGUGGAAACAGACACUGCUAUGGCUGACCUUGUGAUUGGGAAUCUUGAGGCUCAUUUUUUGAACAAGCCAUUGUUGACGCCAGUGGUUUAACAGUUAUGGUAUCUAAAGGAAAAGUUUGUUGAAGGCAGCAUCGUCUUGAUCAGAUACCAUUAAUCUUCUUCAAUUAAGAACCGUUGUUCAAGCUCCAGUAUGAGCCAUAUGUUGUUAUUUAUCAGUAGGGGGUGAGCUUAGCCUCACAAUGAGUUAGCAAUAAUGUAGUUCAAAUUCGUUUUUAGGCGAGAAUCGAACCUAAGACCACUCACUUAUAAGUAAAGAAGAAUAUCACUAGAUUGUAGUAUUAAAUGACAUUGAGGUGGCUACUUUAGAUUGGUUAUAAGAUGGAGUUUUUGGUAGGACAACCCUAAUAUUAGGAUGAGGGCAAAAGGUGCUCUUUCAUUAGUUAUAGUUUGCUUACUGUUGCAAGCUAUACUUUAACGUGGCACAUCAUGGUUUAUAGCUCUCUCCUUUUAUAUUUUAUAUUGAGGUUUUAAGGUGCUUGUGAGCACUUUUUGUGUAAAGGGAGAUGAGAGGUGGUCUUUGAUAGUGUAUGACACCUUUUCCAUGCAUUUGCUUGAUCACUACGCAGUAAUAGAUUAGGAGCAAUAUGCCCCAUUAUUUUACAUCGCGCAAAAGAAUAGGCUGCAAGUGGUGCAUGCAAUAUGGUUCUCCCAGGGCAGCAGAAAGUGGGGGAAAAAGAAAUAAAGAAAGUAGAAGAGUUAACACAGUGAUUUAGGAGUGAUCAAGGAGCUUGCUGAGUUUAGCUAUUACGAUAGUGACAUGGAUCUUUGUUUUAGUCUUGGAACCAAAGUAGGAGGUUUUUUGUGGAACUUAUCAUUAUUGGGGUAGGUCUUGUUUAAACUUUGUGAAAUAUAUGUUAUACUUGGUAUGUUUAUAACUUAUAUAAUCAUUUGUAUGAAACUUUGAUAUACUAUUGUUAUUUUCGAUAA